AGCGCGUGGCGACCAAUGGGCACGGGUCGGGGGGCGGCGCUUGAGGGGGUGGCUAGUGAGUGCGCGCCGCCAUUGUGGCCAGUUCGAUCGGUAUCGGGAGCGGAGAGCGGAGCCCAGCGAGCCCGGAGCAAGGGAGCAGCCCCCCCGCCCACGGCCGGCCCCCGAGUCACCAUCAACACCGCGCGGGAGGCGGCGCUGCUGCUGCGAAAGCCAGUCACCACCACCGUCCAUCGACAAGCCAGCGACGCCAUGAGCAGCGAGGCCGAGACCCAGGCGCCCCCCUCCGCCGCCACUCUGGCGGCCCCGGCGGCCGCCCCGCCCGCGGCGGUCCCGUUGGCGUCGCCCACCGGCCCCCUCCCGACCGUCGCGGAGGCCAAGCCCAGCAACGGCGGCAACAGCAGCGGCGAGGCGGCGGCGGCAACGGCAACGGAACCAACGGCGGCCUGGGCUUGGCGGCGCCACCCCGCCGGCGGGGACAAGAAGGUCAUCGCAAUGAAGGUUUUGGGGACAGUGAAAUGGUUCAACGUAAGGAAGGGCUAUGGCUUCAUCAACAGGAAUGACACCAAGGAAGAUGUGUUUGUCCACCAGACUGCCAUCAAGAAGAAUAACCCCAGGAAAUACCUUCGCAGUGUAGGAGAUGGAGAAACUGUGGAGUUUGAUGUGGUUGAAGGCGAAAAGGGAGCAGAGGCAGCCAACGUUACAGGUCCCGGCGGUGUUCCUGUGCAAGGCAGCAAAUACGCAGCAGACCGUAACCAGUACAGACGGUACCCUCGACGCAGAGGCCCUCCGCGCAACUACCCGCAAAAUUACCAAAACAGCGAGAGUGGGGAAAAGAAUGAGGGGUCAGAGAACUUGCCGGAAGGGCAGUCCCAACAGCGCCGCCCCUACCGCAGUAGGCGGUACACCCCUUACUACAUGCGCAGGCCCUACGGCCGGCGGCCACAGUACUCCAAUGCCCCUGUGCAGGGAGACCUAGUGGAGGGCGCCGACAACCAGGGUGCAGGGGAACAAGGCAGGCCCGUCAGACAGAACCUGUAUCGGGGUUACAGACCACGCUAUCGCAGGGGCCCUCCUCGCCAGCGGCAGCCCCGGGAGGAAGGCAACGAAGAAGACAAGGAGAACCAAGCAGAUGAGGUCCAGGGUCAGCAGCCACCUCAGCGUCGGUACCGUCGCAACUUCAACUACCGACGCAGACGCCCAGAGAACCCUAAACCACAAGAUGGCAAAGAGACCAAGGCAGCCGAACCAUCAGCUGAGAACACGUCCGCUCCCGAGGCCGAGCAGGGCGGGGCUGAGUAAAUGCCGGCUUACCAUCUCUACCAUCAUCCGGUUUAGUCAUCAAAGAAGAGAGAGAGUCUGAAAUAAAACAGAAUCUGAAAUUCCAGCAAUAAGAAA